AUGCUGUCCAGGCUCGCGAGGCCCGCGGAGGCCACCUCCUCCGGGCUCGCCGCCCGCGCCCUGGCCGGGCGGGGCGCGCGGGCCGCUCCGGCGGCGGGCAGGGCGGGGGCGCUCGGGCGGAGCUCGCGCCUGUUCGGGUCGGCCGUGACCCGGAGCAGCGCCGGGGUCCACAUCCCGAUGCCCGUGGCCACCGGCGAGCAGGCCACGGGGAAGGACUUGUUCGAUCCCACCGACACGUUCGCGCCCAGGCACCUCGGCCCGUCCCCGCAGGAUGUGAGGGACAUGUGCAAGACCAUUGGCGUGAAGGAUUUGGACGAGCUGAUCCUGCAGACCAUCCCCGCCGCCGUGCGCUCCAAGGAGGCGCUCAAGCUUACCGACGGCAAGCUGGGGGAGGCCGGAUCGCUGGCGCUCCUCAAGUCCAUUCUGUCGAAGAACGUCGUCGCGACGAACUUCAUCGGCAUGGGCUACCACGGCACCCACGUGCCGCAGUGCAUCCAGCGCAAUCUGCUCGAGAAUCCUGGCUGGUACACCGCGUACACGCCCUACCAGGCAGAGAUCUCCCAGGGGCGCAUGGAGUCGCUGAUCAACUUCCAGACGCUGGUGUGCGAGCUCACAGGCAUGGAAGUGGCAAACUCGUCUCUGUUGGACGAGGCCACCGCGGCGGCCGAGGCCAUGGCCAUGAUCUCGAGGACGGUGAACUCCAAGGCGAAGAACCAGUUCUUCGUAAGCAAGGACGUGCACCCCCAGACGAUCGAGGUGCUGCAGACGCGCGCGCGCUACUUCGGCAUGGAGCUGGUCGUCGGGGACCACGAGAACACGGACUUCGCCUCGAUGACCAAGCUGUGCGGAGGCCUGGUGCAGUACCCGGACACCAAGGGCGUGCUGAAGGACUACACCGCGGUCGGUGACGCCCUGCACAAGAACGGCGCGCACCUCGUCGUGGCCGCCGACCCGCUGGCGCUCGUGGCCGCGAAGCCCCCGAGCGAGUUCGGCGCCGAUGUGGUGGUCGGCAGCAUGCAGCGCUUCGGCGUGCCCAUGUGGUUCGGCGGGCCCUCGGCGGCCUACCUGGCCACCAGCAAGAAGCAGGUGCGCAGGAUGCCUGGCCGCAUCAUCGGCGAGUCCAUUGACCGCCUCGGCAACCCCGCGUACAGGCUCACGCUGCAGACCCGCGAGCAGCACAUCCGGCUGGACAAGGCGACGUCCAAUGUCUGCACGGCCCAGGUGCUGCUGGCCAACAUGGCGGGCAUGUACGCCGUGUACAACCGGUCCGACGGCCUGCAGGCCAUCGCCAAGCGCGUCCACGCGAUGGCGCAGCUAUUCGCCAAGGAGGUCGCGAAGGCCGGCAUCCCGAUCCUGGCCACCGAGAACUUCUUCGACGUGGUGACCUUCACCGUGAAGGACGCCGCGUCCCUCGUUGAGAAGCUGCAGGGGCAGCGGCUGAACCUCCGGCAGGUGGACGCGACCACCGUCUCCGCCAACUUCGACGAGACGCACCUGGAGUCCGACGUGCUCAAGCUGGUGGCCGGGAUCCUGGGCGGGCCCAGGGUCGGCGCACCUGUCUUGCGCGGUCCAGCCCGCGGCCAGGGCUUGCCCAGGGUCAGCGGCCCGAUCACCACACCCGGUGCCGACGUAUGUUGGGGCCCCGUGCCAGGAGAUGAUGCGCUACCUGAUGCGGCUGCAGUUGAAGGACCUGGCCCUUGA